CCGCUCACCCGCAAAUAGCUCGUUCAAGGUUCAGUCCUACAUCUGGUUGCGGCUUCUCACUUCUCCAUCUCUUCUGUAUCGACAUCCAGUUCCUUCUCCACCUCCACGUCGUGAAAGGCCAUCCAGCUACAGACCUGUCGGGUUUCUGGGCCCCCUCGCAGGCCGAGUCCAUGCCGCCCGCUUGAUCUCUGAGGAUCACCCAAGAUCACCCAAGAUCUCAUCGCAUUUUAGUCACUCGCAGAUCCUCACACAAGAACAGAUCCGCAUGGAACAGAUGGAAUAUUCUCGGCCAUGCAGCAGAGUCAGGAACCCAUCAUCUGGCCAUCCACAUGCUACCCCGGAUGCACGCACACGCCUGGCAUUUGCUCAACACCACUAGUCCAAAACAUUUAACCCACAAGCCGGUCUUUUGCCGCGGUGUUAUAGGUUCAUCCUGAUGAAGGCUGCGGCAAAAUAUCGCGCAACCACUCGUUUAUUUCCUUGGUAUUAAUCCUGGACCUCUUCUCUCGUCUUCGAUUUCUUGCGAGAGCGCAAAUGACGCAACGGUUGUAUGAGGCUAAGAAAGGGCCCUCGUGGGAUCACCUCACCUCGUGUGGUAGGAAGUUCUUCCUAUCGUUCUGGAUGAAGAUCGAUUCUGGAAAGUCAUGAGCAAAAUAUCCCUCAUCAGGGUCACUGCAGCUCAAAGAGAGUGGUCGUCGCUUGUUGAUUGAGGGGUGCUAAUGUCACCAGACAAAUUGUCAACGAUGCAGCGGGCGUGCCCUGAUGACGAAAACUCCUUGUAAUCACCAAGACACAAAAGCAAGCAAGAAAGAUAGACAUUGACAAUCAGCAUACUUUGCUCAAUCUUCUGCGCGAAACUUCUACCAUGUCAGGAGAACAAGGAUGGACUAAUGGCGCGCCAUCGUGGGUGAUAGGGCCAGGUAGGCGGCGACGUAAGGAGAUGGUGAUCGCAGGAGACCGCGAGGGAAAGUGAAAGAGCAGGAGAUAAAAGGGUAACAAAGGGGUGGGCCGUAUGCCCAGAAGAGUCUCCGCGUCCGGGACAGCAAGUGGAAAGACAGCCGGAGGGCAGAUGGAAGAUAUCGCGUCGAUACCCUGCGCCCUUUAUCGAUAUCUCACGGAUGGUUAGCGAGAAGCUACGACCCUAAGCCGGCGCAUCGACCCAAUCUUCGAGCCGAUAGAGAACCUGGUGUUCAAUGGAGGAUAUUGCGUGCUUGUUGCACAGCACUCAAGGACGCAUAGCUUGCCACUACCGAGUCCUUUCCCCCCUGAUGCGGCGGAAGAGCGGAGGAGCUUUUCUACUCCCUUCUCCCUCGCCCACGUAUCAUUGCUCUUCCCGCCUCCAAGCAGCCACAAGUAUUCAUCAGCAUCAGUAUCAGUUACCUGUUAUCAGCAUCCAAAGCUCCCUUACCUAUCAGCACAGGAACAAGUAUUUCAAACCCACCAACCAAGUCUCGCCGCAGAACGCCACGUACGCCGAUCUUCACACCAUCCAUACCACGCCAUGUCUCAUGCCCAUGCACGAUAACCUCUCUACUUGUACAAGAAUCCCACCGAGCCUGGAAUUCUAGCAACUGAUGGAAGCCCGGUACCGGCCUCGCUUGCCCUUUGCCAUCAACCACUCGCAAAUUUUGGGGGCCCUCUUGGGACACAAAUGGCCACCUGAGGGUGCUGCGUCGAAGGCCGGUUUUCUCGAUGACGUGACCCGUUCCUCGCGAUCGUCCAAUCCCGACAAGGCCGGUUUCGAGUCCGAGUCCGAGAUUGUUUGUGCGACCAUCAUCUAGCCGCUCUUACUUCCUCCAACAUCCUACACAGUACCUUGGUACCUACCUACCUUGGUACCUGACCAUUCCCAUUCCUACUUUCAUGAGAACAUCGCAAACGCAAUGCGCAGAGUACCAUUCCAUAUCCAGUACCCGCCACUCUGUACCCAGUACUUCCCCGAUCCAACAAGAGCCGCCGUGUCCCCCUUGCACCCCACACAUCCUUCCCACGCCGGACCUGGUACCAGCACAGACCCGGCGCCCCGGUCGUCGCGCGCUGCAUACCGUACGGAGCAUAGGUAGGUACCCAGGUAUGUACGGGGCGAUUAAAAAGCGGGCAUUUCCCCCAGGGAGACAAAAAUUGUGGUUUCUGAGAGAGCUCGUAGCUACUUGCCCAGUAUAUGAAUAGGAAGAGGUUCUCCCCUCGUGCUCGUCAUCGUGCUUGUCGUAACGCAUGGUGCGACGUGUUGAUUGUCAACUUGACAAGGACCGCCGCGUCGGAGAGACAUUUGACCAGAGACGAGAAGGCAGUGCAUUGGACAAGUUAUACAACGCAACAAGCCGAUCGCUCUGCUUAGGACCAGCACUCAACGAUACCGAGCCACCGCUCGCAAGCUGUGUGUCCUUGUUCUGCUGAGGACUACCUCUACCUCUACCAAACCACCCUUCAAGCCCUUCUCCAGCGAAAAAGUCGGACCCCCUCCCCCUCGUCACUCAAUUUCCCUGCGCGCCUCCCUUCCCAGGCUAGGACCACCACCACCACCACCACCACCACCACCGCACAAGACCGAAAGAUGGGAUUCUUUCGCUACCUCGAAUACUUCCUCGCGCGGCUCCUGUACUCGCAAAAGGGUCGGGACGCCAAACUGCUGACCCGCUCGGCCGUCUUCGCCGGCGCCCCGCAAAACGUCCAGAUCACGUCGCCGACGCUGGGCGGCUCGCCCGCCCGCCUCGCCACGGAGCACUCGCAGUUCGGCAGCUCGCGGUUUCCGGACCUGGCGUGGUCGCUGGACGGCGACGCGGCCAAGGGCGGCGGCGACGUCAAGGAGUGGCUGCUGAUCUGCGAGGACCCGGACGCGCCGCUCCCGCUCGUGCCCAAUCACGGCCUCUACUACGCCAUCCCCGCGACCAAGACGUCCGUCGGCCCCGAGGACUUUGCGGUCGACAGCUCCAAGCCUGCGUCCCCGGACGAGCCCGAGGCGAAGUGGCUCGCGGGCGGGUUCCGGCUGGGCAAGAAUCUGCGAGGCACCCUCUAUUCCGGCCCGCGCCCGCCCGUCGGCCACGGCGAGCAUAGGUACUUUUUCCAGGUGGUGGCCUUGAAGGACAGCUUGGACACCAAGAAGAUGAAGCCCGUGGCCACCAGGGACGACGUGCUCAGAGAGAUGCAGGGCAAGAUUUGCGGAUGGGGGGAGUGGAUCGGAAUCUUUGAGCAGAAAUGGUAGGACGACGAGACAGCUAGGGAAGCGAAGAGGGACUGAGAGGCGUCAAUUGCUGCUCCAAAUGGAGCGCUGCUGGAUUUGCAAACUAUCGGUGUGUAAUCGUCGCGUCAGUAUUAGAGUCCUCGCCUCUCCUUUCCCCAAUCAACCGAAAUCCAAACUCUGC